AUGGGUGCUCUAGACGCGCAGAGAGUGGUGGUUCAUCAACACCAGGGAUGGCGGCUGAUCUCAUGUAUGUGGUUACAUGCUGGAGUUUUCCAUGUGCUUGCCAAUAUGCUGAGUCUUGUAUUCAUUGGAAUUCGGCUUGAGCAAGAAUUUGGAUUUGUUCGAAUUGGUUUCCUAUAUCUCAUGUCUGAUUUUGGUGGGAGUUUGCUUUCAGCUCUUUUUAUUCAAUAUGGUAUUUCUGUUGGUGCUUCUGGUGCACUUUUUGGUUUACUAGGAAGCAUGCUUUGAGAGCUCACAUGAAAUUGGACAAUGUAUGUAA